AUGAGUUUCCAAGCUGGAGGUCGUGGGUGCUUUAACUGUGGUGAAGCUUCGCAUCAGGCCCGUGACUGUCCCAAGAAGGGUACUCCGACUUGCUACAACUGCGGUGGACAGGGCCAUGUCAGCCGUGAAUGCACAGUAGCUCCCAAGGAGAAGUCGUGUUAUCGCUGCGGUACUACCGGACACAUCUCUCGCGAAUGCCCCCAGGCAGCUCCGACUGAGGGCUUCAGCGGCGCCACUGGCGGCCAGGAGUGCUACAAGUGUGGACGGGUUGGUCACAUUGCUCGUAACUGCCCUCAAGGCGGUUAUGCAGGCGGGUAUGGCGGUGGAUUCGGCGGGCGCCAGCAGACCUGCUACUCCUGCGGCGGAUUCGGUCACAUGGCUCGCGACUGUACCCAUGGCCAGAAGUGCUACAACUGUGGAGAGGUUGGACACGUCUCUCGCGACUGCCCCACUGAGGCUAAAGGCGAGAGAGUUUGCUACAACUGCAAACAGCCCGGACACGUCCAGGCUGCCUGCCCCAACUAA